GCAGGUUGUAUGUUGUUUGAUCUGUCUUGGACAUACAAAGUCACUCUGGCUCAAUUUUAUAAUUACAAUCUUACUCAAAUCCACCCUCGCAGUCACCAAACACUCAGAGGUCAUUCAUUGAGCCCCGCAAUCACACAAGGCUCUUUGAAGCCUCACAGGGAAUCAUGGCAGACUCUGCAAAAACCAAAAUGCCCGUCGAGCCGGUGCAUAUUGACAAAGAAAAGAUCAAGAAAGCAUUUGAUGUGUCAAAUUUUGACUUCAAUGCAGUCUUGCGUGGAAUGCAAUUGACCCUGGUGGGAGCUCAUAGGGCCCUCCAAAACCCUGCCAUUUUUACAUCAGAGCACUACCGGCAAGCACUUUAUGCUGUCGGUGCCGGUAUCGCCAUCCGUCUGGCGAUCGCCAUUCCAAUUUGGGGUAUAAAAGUCCUUCUUUGGGUGCUUUCGUUCGUCUUCCGCAUGGAAAGCGUGACCUGGGAUGACAAGCUCGUUGAUGGGCUCAACUUUGUGGGCGAAUAUGUGCUCCAAGUACCACUCUUUCUUAUGAGUCUGAUGAGACUUAUUUCACCGACUCUGGAUAACUUAUUCAUGGACUCUUUGAGAUGGGUCGACCUGACUUAUGUCGAAAAACACAAACGAGAUAACCCAGAUGAGCUUAGGGAUAUGUAUUAUCCCAACAUGAGGAUGUACAAACAGCGGGAUGGGAGCACCAACUCGACAAGCACUGCAGAAGCAUCUUCGAUGUUCAUCUGGCGGUUCGCGCGCAAGGCCUUUAUCUCUUUGGCCAUAUUUGCCCUCUCAUACGUCCCAGUAAUUGGUCGUUUUGUCCUUCCGGCUGCCAGUUUCUACACCUUCAAAACGGCAGUUGGCCUAGGACCAGCAAGUGUCAUAUUUGGGACUGGAGUAUUGAUGCCUAGGAAAUAUCUCGUUAUUUUCCUGCAGACCUACUUUGCGUCCCGAAACCUGAUGCGCGAGCUCCUUGAGCCAUACUUUUCACGCAUCCAUAUGACCAAGGAACAGAAGAAACGCUGGUUUCGGACUCGUGAGGGUAUUCUAUUUGGAUUCGGAAUUGGCUUCUAUAUUUUGCUUCGCGUGCCUCUCCUAGGUGUUCUUAUAUAUGGUAUCGCAGAGGCGUCCACCGCAUAUCUCAUCACAAAGAUUACAGACCCUCCACCACCUCCCUCAGACUUGGCGGCUUACGUUGAGAGUCAAAAAGUCUGGAAGAACAAGCAUGAGUUCCUGAGCCUGUCUCUUGGGGAUCUGGAUUCCCUACAAAUGAAGAAAACUGCGACGACUUCUUCUAGUAAACCGCCACCUUAUUCUGAGCAAGACCCAAGCACCGGCAACUCCACGGGUGUGGCAUCGCAUAACUGAAAGCUUGCGAUUGUGACUAUCUUGGGCUGGAUGGGGCAUAUCAGCAGUUGCUAUCUACGAUAGCAACUUAUCAGCGCUGCGAUGUCGGCCGGAAGCCUGCUGAAUCCUCAGAAUCGGCUUUCAUGCAGCUGUGGAGCUAAUGCAGCCGUUGGUCUUCCGCCUCGGGACUGUGGGGAGCUCAUGGGAUAAGGUAAAGACGCAAUGCCAGCCAAGGUUCGGGAACUGAUGCGGGGUGGGGUCUACUGCCAGACUAGUCUAGAUAGUACUACUCCGUACGUAGCAUAUUGGUUUGGUACAUGCAAUCUACUACGUAAACCCUUAAUCAAAUUGGGAUGAGGAGAAUGCAUCAGACAAUCCAGCCAAGAUAGCUUACAGUGAUCAUCCCGAGUACUAUGCGGGGUAGCUUAUCAGAGUGAUUGAUACAAAUACUUG